AUGGUGCUGGCGGCUCUCACAGCGCUUCUGUCCCUGCUGCCUCUUGCGUCGAUGCUGCAGGACACAGGUAAGGACAUCACGGGGAACUGGGUGCCAGACCCCGACGCGCCGGCCCUGCUCCGCCUGUCCGACUCGCUGCUGGCUCACUACAGGAAGGGCACCCGGCCUGUGCGGGACUGGCGCACCACCACCACCGUGGCCAUCGAUGUCAUGGUGUACGCCAUCCUCAGCGUGGAUGAGAAAAACCAGGUGCUGACCACCUACAUCUGGUACAGACAGCACUGGACAGAUGAGUUCCUCCAGUGGGACCCGGCGUGCUUUGACAACAUCACACAGAUAUCGCUCCCUGCGGAGAGCAUCUGGGUGCCUGACAUCCUCAUCAAUGAGUUCGUGGACGUUGGGAAGUCCCCUGAUGUCCCCUACGUCUACGUCCGCCACCACGGAGAAGUGCAGAACCUCAAGCCCAUCCAGGUGGUGACUGCCUGCAGCCUGGAUAUCUACAAUUUCCCCUUCGACGUCCAGAACUGCUCGCUCACCUUCACCAGCUGGCUGCACAACAUCCGCGACAUCAACCUCUCGCUCUGGCGGACCCCGGAGCUGGUGAAAUUCGACAGGAGCAUCUUCAUGAACCAGGGCGAGUGGGAGCUGCUCUACGUGCUCAGCCACUUCCAGGAGUUCAGCGUCAAGAGCAGCGACAGCUACGCCGAGAUGAAGUUCUACGUAGUUAUCAGGAGGCGUCCCCUCUUCUAUACUGUCAGCCUGCUGCUCCCCAGUAUCUUCCUGAUGGUGAUGGACAUUGUGGGCUUCUACCUACCUCCCAACAGUGGCGAGAGGGUCUCUUUCAAGAUCACACUGCUACUGGGCUACUCAGUUUUCCUAAUCAUUGUAUCUGACACGCUUCCGGCUACGGCUGUUGGCACCCCACUGAUAGGCAUCUAUUUUGUGGUGUGCAUGGCACUGCUUGUCAUCAGCCUCACGGAGACCAUCCUCAUUGUGCGCCUGAUACACAAUCAAGACCUGCAGCCCCACGUUCCCAACUGGGUGAAGCACUUGCUGCUGGAACGUGCUGCUCUCCUGCUCUGCAUCAGGGACAGGAAGAAAUUCAGCCAAAGCAGGGCACAGAGCUCAGACAUCUCCAGGCAUGUGGAGAACAACGACAGCACAGCCAAGCUGAACCACUAUGGCUGUGAGGACCCCCGGGAGCGUGAGGUGGCAGGGGGCACGAGGCCCACUCCUGCCUUUGGCACUCUGGCAGAGGGCUCUCCACUCAUGUACAGCGUCCUGCACGAGAUCACCACCAUUCGCCAGUUCCUCGAGAAGCGUGAUGAGUUUCGCGACGUUGCCCGCGAGUGGCUGCAGGUGGGCUACGUGUUGGAUGUCCUGCUCUUCCGGGCGUACCUGGUGGCCGUCCUGGCCUACACCAUCACGCUGGGCGCUCUCUGGUCGGUGUGGCAGUACGCCUGA